AUGUUCCCGAAAGUGAUUAUCCUCGCCAGCGUGGUGUGCCUUGCCGUGGCCGCCCCACCGAAGAAGCUGGUCCGGGCUGCGAGUGGUGGACCUGAUGGGGAUGCAAUCGUCGUGCAGCAGGAUCAGGUCAUCAAUGAUGACGGAUCGUACAACUACGUGUUCGAGACGAGCAAUGGCAUCCGGGCGCAGGCGAGCAGUUCGGACGGCAUCCGGACGGCGGGUGACUUCUCUUAUCCGGCUCCGGAUGGUUCGAACAUUGCGCUGGUGUACGUGGCUGAUGAGUAUGGCUUCCAGCCGCAGGGUGCUCAUCUGCCGGUGGAACCUCCGGCACCGGAGCACGUCAUCAAGCAGCUCGAGGACAUCCGUGCCAACCCACCGAAUGAUCCUGAGUUCGAUGCUGCCUUCCUUGACUCGGAAAUCGCACGACUCCGGGCCACUCAGGGUUAG